GAACCGGGCGGAUGCAGACUUGAGGAGGCUCGGGAGCGAGAGAGAGCAGGAGCGGUGUAAACGGUGCCGAGGAGCAGCCGAGGCUUUGACGCAGCGGCAGGAUGCGCAGCAGCAGCAUCUCCAUGGAUUUCUGACCUAAGAAAAUUAAAAACUAGUGCGGACUACGCGCCUGUGGAUGCAGAGAAAACUACUGGAUUCUUCAUUUGGAUGAGGGGGAAAAGGGAAAAGCCACGGGCACAGCGCGCUGGAGCCCACCGACGGUGAUAUCUCCCCUCCCUCGUGAAUGUUGGCUCAUCCGCUCUUUGGAGACGCAGGGAUUCCUGAAGAAGUUUGCGCGCGGCGGCGGUGAUCCAACACGCAGACCAAACUCUCCCGGUUUCCGUUGGCUUUCUCCUGGGAGCUUGUCAUGAAGUGUCUGUGAGGUUGGAGAGGUUUUUUUGGGGGACACCGGAGCCGCCGGAGCCGCCGGGGCCUGCGCGCACCGCGUCCGCUCACACGGAGCCGCGCCGCGGCUUGCGCGCCACAAGCCGCAACGACCAGAGGCUCUCCGCUUUCUUUCUCCUCAUAUUUCCCAUUUUCUUUCGUUUACCCCUCUUUUCACCAAAGCAGCUUUUAUAUUUUCCUGUUUGGGGUGGUGUGGACUUUAGAGCCCAGACAGAAAUUGAUCAUGCGAUGACUGAGCGCGCUUUGGGCACAUCUACAGAGUCCAGUACAGGAGCUGAAUGAUGGCCGAGGAUGGGAGAGAUCUCUCUGGAGUCCUCGACGCCGGGGGCUCGGACGCAGGCUCCUCUUUGCCCAGGACUUUCAUCCGACUCAACGACCUGUCCGGGCUCGGGACCGGAGCCGGGACCGGAGCCGGGACCGGGACCGGAUCGGGGGAGCUGGUGAUGGAGCCCGCGGCCCCGGCGGCCCCGGCUGCUGCGCCCGACGGGAUCUCCGCCGCCGGGGACGAGGGCUCGGCCACCGCCGGGGAGGGCCUGCCCUACCCCACGCUGGCCCCCGUGGUCUUCUUCUACCUGAAACAAACCACCCGGCCCCGGAGCUGGUGUCUCAAGAUGGUCUGCAAUCCGUGGUUCGAACGGGCGUCCAUGCUGGUGAUCCUGCUGAACUGUGUGACGCUGGGCAUGUUUCAUCCAUGCGAAGACAUGAAGUGCGACUCUGAGCGGUGCAAGAUUUUAGAGGACUUUGAUGACUUCAUCUUUGCGUUCUUUGCUGUUGAGAUGGUGAUCAAGAUGGUGGCCCUGGGGAUUUUUGGCAAGAAGUGUUACCUUGGAGACACGUGGAACCGCUUGGACUUCUUCAUCGUGUUAGCCGGGAUGCUGGAGUAUUCACUCAACCUGCAGAGUGUCAGUUUUUCAGCAGUGAGGACGGUUCGCGUGCUGAGACCACUGAGAGCCAUCAACCGAGUGCCAAGUAUGCGUAUCCUGGUGACCCUGCUGCUGGACACCCUGCCCAUGCUGGGUAACGUGCUAUUGCUCUGCUUCUUCGUCUUCUUCAUAUUUGGCAUCGUUGGGGUUCAGCUGUGGGCCGGCCUGCUCAGAAACCGCUGCUUCGUCAAAGACAACUUCUCCUUCCCCCAGUCUGUGGAGCUUGAAAAAUACUACCAAAGUGAGAAUGACGACGAGAACCCUUUCAUCUGUUCGAUGCCACAAGAUAACGGCAUGAGGGAGUGCAACACGGUCCCCAAGCUUUACGACAAAGACGGCCAGCAGUGCAACCUGAAUAUGGAAUUUUACAACAGCACUGACAACACCACUUGCGUCAACUGGAACGAGUUCUACAGCAACUGCUCCGCCGGAAAACUCAACCCCUUCAAGGGAGCCAUCAACUUUGACAACAUUUGCUAUGCCUGGAUUGCCAUCUUUCAGGUGAUUACUCUCGAGGGCUGGGUGGACAUCAUGUAUUUUGUGAUGGAUGCUCACUCCUUCUACAACUUCAUUUACUUUAUCCUGCUCAUCAUUAUCGGCUCAUUCUUCAUGAUCAACUUGUGCCUGGUGGUUAUCGCCACUCAAUUCUCCGAGACCAAGCAGAGGGAAAGCCAACUGAUGAAGGAACAACGAGUUCGCUUCAUGUCCAACGCCAGCACUCUGGCCUCCCUCUCUGACCCCGGCUCCUGCUACGACGAGCUGCUCAAGUACUUGGUCCACGUCAUCAGAAAGGGGUUCAAGCGGGUGGCUCAUGUCUGCAGGUUCUUGGCUCGUCGUGCAGGGAUGAAUAUUGCCGCCACGCCACCACCCACAGAGCCCCAACGCAGUGAGAGCAAGAGGAGGAGGAGGAAGUCGUCCAGGCAGGGUUCUCUGUCAGUUCACCACAUCAUGCACCAUCAUCAACACCACCAUCAUCACUACCAUCUAGGCAAUGGUAGUGUCAGAGGAGGGAGCAUCAGCUGCCUGGAGGGGCGGGAUGUUGAGGCAGGGGAUCAUAGUAAUAAUGGAGGUACCCUGAGAGCAACUGCCGGCUAUGGGAACCCUGCUUUGGCACUCCCAUCAGCAACUUCUGACACAAACCUUGCCACUUUGUCGGAUCCUGCUGCAGGAACUACGGAUUCAUCUUCAGUUUUCAGUGUACUCGAUGCAGAAGCUCUUCGCUGUACCCCGCUUCCAGCCAUUAUGAGAACGACUCCAGUGCCCUGCCUGCCUCCUGUCCCUCCAUCCAGGUCCAUGAAGAGAAACUCUGUGCCCUUUGCUGCUCCAGGUCCCAAGAACUACCCCACCCUCCAGGCCAAAGCCCUAACGGAGUGCAGGAGAGGCAGUGUUGCUACUAGCACCUUAUCAAAUAUCAGUUACAACCUCAAUAUCCCACCCAUAUCUUUGGAGAGACGGCCAUCAGGCCUGGUGGACACACACACUCCAACAGCCCAGCUCUCUUGCCAGCUGUCGGUUCGCGACCUCAGCAUCACCAGCAGUGCCAUGGACACGACUGCACUGACACCGGACCCCGAGGGCUGCCCUUACUGCGCCAAGGUCCUGGCCAACGAGUUGGAGGGUGGCAUUGAGGGCAGCGAGACACCUGGUGACUCCGAUAGCGAUGGGGUUCACGAGCUGACCCAGGACCUCCACCGCAGGGGCAGAAGAGACAGCCGGCAGCCCAGAAAGAAGCAGCAAAGGCUGGGCAAAACCACCGCCAAGGCUGUCCGCUUCUGGAGGCUGGUGUGCAAGACAUUUAAGAAGAUUGUGGACAGCGAGUACUUCGGCCGCGGCAUUAUGAUCGCCAUUCUGAUAAAUACUCUGAGCAUGGGGAUUGAGUAUCAUGAGCAGCCUGAGGAGUUGACCAACGCCCUGGAGAUCAGUAAUAUUGUUUUCACAAGCCUGUUCGCCCUGGAGAUGCUACUAAAGGUUUUGGUCUACGGGCCCUUUGGCUACAUCAAGGACUCCUACAACAUCUUUGAUGGCAUAAUUGUAGUUAUCAGUGUGUGGGAGAUUGUGGGUCAGCAGGGUGGAGGUCUGUCAGUGCUGAGGACCUUCCGGUUGAUGAGGGUUUUGAAGCUGGUCCGGUUCAUGCCGGCUCUACAAAGACAGCUGGUCGUGCUGAUGAAGACCAUGGACAACGUUGCCACCUUCUGCAUGUUGCUAAUGCUUUUCAUCUUCAUCUUCAGUAUCCUAGGAAUGCAUCUAUUUGGAUGUAGGUUCGGGUCAGAGAGGGAUGGAGACACUUUACCAGACAGGAAGAACUUUGACUCUCUUUUGUGGGCCAUAGUGACUGUAUUCCAGAUCCUAACCCAGGAGGACUGGAACAAGGUGCUCUAUAAUGGUAUGGCCUCCACCUCCCCUGUAGCCGCCCUGUACUUCAUUGCACUCAUGACUUUCGGCAACUACGUCCUAUUCAACUUGCUGGUGGCCAUCUUGGUUGAGGGAUUCCAGACAGAGGAAAUUGUCAAGCGGGAGGACUUGCAUGCCCAGCUGAGCCUAAGUCAGCUGCCUAUAGACUCAGGGGGGGAUGCUUCUAAAACAGGUUCGGAGAUUGAUUCCGUUGCGCGGAGUAUGGAGGAUGUUAAUGGCAGCAAGAAGGAUUUAUCGCCUUCUCCAGUAGUUCCAGUGAAUGGUCAUGUGGAAAUGAAGACCAGCCUGACUCCUCCACUCAUUACCCACACUGCUGCCACCCCCAUGCCUGUGCCCAAGCUGCCCGUUGGAGGAGACCCAACCCUGGGCUACGAGUCCCGCCGAGGCAGCAACGUCUCCAUAGACCCAUCCGGCUAUGAAAAAUCACCAGCCAGUGCCCGGAGCUCUUCCCCCCACGCCCCGUGGAGCUCGGGCAGCGGCUGGACCAGCCGCAGAUCCAGCUGGAACAGCCUGGGUCGCGCACCGUCUUACAAGCGGCAGAAGCGGCAAUCUGGGGAGCGGCGCUCACUGCUGUCCGGGGAGGGCAACUCCAGCUCUGACGACGGGGAGGGAGGCGGUGAGGGCGGAGGUGGGCUGAUGGAGGAAGACGCCACUUCCCUGGCCAGGACCGACUCCAUGUCUCAGCCACAGACGGGACCCCGACAAAGGAGGAUGGAGUCGGUGGAGACACGGAGCUCCGUGGAUCUGCCCACUGAUGCCCUCCUGCAGGUGCCCCACCUGUACCGUUCAGCCAGCAUGCACAGCUCCAGACCCCCGUCCUUGAGCCACUUACGGCCACCAGAACACAACGACUGCAACGGGAAGAGAUCUCCUUCAGCCCUCAGCCCGGCGACGCCCUCUUUGGAAGAAAACACUGAAGAUGAGAAUGCAGAGGAGGAGGCCAACGUGGGGCGAUUUGCCCGGGUAUUCCACUGGCUGGAGAAAAAGCAACCAGAUUGGUGCCAGCAGAGACAGACCUGGUCACUUUACAUCUUCCCCCCAGAAUCCAGGUUUCGGAAAAUAUGCAUCAAGAUCAUCAACCACAAGAUGUUUGACCAUAUCGUGCUCGUCAUCAUCUUCCUCAACUGCCUCACCAUCGCCAUGGAGAGGCCUCACAUCGAUCCCGGGAGUGCAGAGCGGAUCUUCCUGACUCUGUCCAACUACACCUUCACAGCGAUCUUUGUGACGGAGAUGACCGUAAAGAUCGUGGCCUUGGGCUGGUUUUUCGGGCACAAGACCUAUCUGAAGAGCAGCUGGAACAUCCUGGACGGGAUGUUGGUGAUGAUUUCUGUCAUCGACAUCCUCGUGUCUCUCAUCUCCAACUCGGGGACUAAGAUCCUGGGUAUGCUCAGGGUGCUGAGGCUGCUGAGAACUCUGAGGCCUCUCCGAGUGAUCAGCAGAGCGCCCGGGCUGAAGCUGGUGGUGGAGACCCUGAUGUCUUCACUGAAGCCCAUUGGCAACAUCGUGGUCAUCUGCUGUGCCUUCUUCAUUAUCUUUGGCAUCCUUGGAGUGCAGCUUUUCAAGGGAAAAUUCUUUGUUUGUCAAGGGGAAGAUGUAAGGAACGUCACCAAUAGGUCCGACUGUCUGCAAAACAACCAUAGAUGGGUCAGACACAAGUACAACUUUGACAACCUUGGACAGGCUUUGAUGUCUCUCUUUGUUCUGGCAUCAAAAGACGGAUGGGUGGAUAUUAUGUACGAUGGGCUUGAUGCUGUAGGAGUUGACCAACAACCGGUAAUGAACUACAACCCAUGGAUGCUGCUCUACUUCAUCUCCUUCCUCUUGAUCGUUGCCUUCUUCGUGCUCAACAUGUUCGUGGGAGUGGUGGUGGAGAACUUCCACAAGUGUCGGCGCCACCAGGAGGCCGAGGAGGCCAAGCGCAAGGAGGAGAAGAAAUUGAAACGCAUGGAGAAAAAGAGACGGAGUAAGGAGAAGGAGCUUGCUGAAGCUCAGAGCAAGCCGUACUACUCUGAUUACUCCCCCACGCGCCUACUCAUCCACAAGUUGUGCACCAGCCACUACCUGGACCUGUUCAUCACCAUCGUGAUAGGACUCAAUGUCAUCACCAUGUCCAUGGAGCACUACGAGCAGCCACAGGAGUUGGGAGAUGCUCUGAAGAUCUGUAACUACAUAUUUACUCUCAUUUUCGUUCUGGAGUCUGUGUUCAAGCUGGUGGCUUUUGGUUUCCGUCGCUUCUUCAAGGACAAGUGGAACCAGCUGGAUCUGGCCAUCGUUCUGCUGUCCAUCAUGGGCAUCACUCUGGAGGAGAUUGAGGUCAACGCCUCAUUGCCCAUAAACCCCACUAUUAUCCGCAUCAUGAGAGUGCUGAGGAUCGCAAGAGUUCUGAAGCUCCUGAAGAUGGCGGUGGGAAUGAGAGCUUUGCUGGACACCGUUAUGCAAGCCCUGCCUCAGGUGGGCAAUCUCGGUCUACUCUUCAUGCUACUGUUCUUUAUCUUCGCCGCGCUGGGAGUGGAGCUCUUCGGGGACCUCAUUUGUGAUGACCUCCAUCCUUGUGAGGGUCUGGGGCGCUAUGCUACAUUCAGAAACUUUGGGAUGGCAUUUCUUCUGCUCUUCAGGGUUUCCACCGGAGACAACUGGAAUGGCAUUAUGAAGGAUACACUGAGGGACUGCGCCCAAGACACCGGUACCUGCUACAACACCGUGGUUUCCCCCAUCUACUUUGUCUCCUUUGUUUUGACCGCUCAGUUCGUCCUGGUCAACGUGGUCAUCGCAGUUCUGAUGAAGCACCUGGAGGAAAGCAACAAGGAGGCCAAGGAGGAGGCUGAGCUGGAGGCAGAGUUGAACCGGGAGCUUCAGAUGGACGCGGGGGAAAAAUCCCCCGCGUCGCCCCAGCUCCACCCUCUGGCACUGGCCAUGGACAGGUCAAGUUCUGGGGGUUCACCCUGGAGAUCCACUGGAGGGGGGGACAUGGAGCAGGACAGGGAAGGUCCCAUGGACUCACCCACUGCUGAUAUAACCAGAGACUCAGUAAACAUCAGAGCUGAAUCCCCGUCAUACCCAGAGCCCCAACUGGAGUUUGUCCAGCGGAGAGCGCCGCUUGACUCGGUCUCCCUGGUCAUCCAGGGAUCGAUGGAGGGCGAGUUGAAUUUGAUGGACAACCUCUCUGGCUCUAUCUGCCACUACUACGCGUUGCCCCCCAAGUCUGACAAGCACAACACCGACAAGAAGCCGGAGCAGCUCGCUUCCGAAGAGCCGCUGGAGAACAACCUGCUGAGCAUCAGAAAGCCCGUGGUGGGGCGAACCCACUCUCUGCCCAACGACAGCUACAUGUUCUUCCCCCCGCAGCCCUUCGGCCCCUCAUCUCCAGCAGAGUCACAGGGGCCGCAGCACAUACUGGGCUUCCACCGGGCUCAAUCAGGCUCCAGCAGCUCAGUGAGGUCGCAGCCCGAAGAGUCUUCCAAGCAGCUGACCGUCCCCAGGGACUUCUUCAGACCCAUCAGUCCCCACAGCCACUCAGACUCCGAGAGUUUACCGCAACGUCUCCCGCCCAGACGUGCACAGACGUUCAGCCGCACGCUCCGGCGACAGGUUGCGGUGUCCACUGAUUCUCAGGAGGCCCUUUGCUCAGAUGGAGGGGUGAGCAGUGGAGGAAUAGUGAAUGUGGCUACUGGGGGCUUUCCUUCAUCUCCCUCCUCCUCGUCUUCUUCCACCUCUGACUCCUCCUGCUCUGAUGACCUUCAUGAUCAGCAGCAGCAGCAGCAGCAGCAGCAGCAGCCGGCGGUGUGCCUGGUCCCUGCCACACCAGCUGCCUCUCCGAAGCCCUCGCGCCCCGGCAGCGUGCACACCCAGCAACAUGACCAGCACUGCCUCACCUCUUAUUCGUCCUCAUCGGUCCCCCUGCCCCCUCCACCUCUACCAGCCAGGCCACAGCAUCAGCAGCAGCAGCAGGAGGAGGAGGAGGCAGCAUCCGAGGAUCAAGAAGUAUCUCUCAUUACCUGCUCAGGGCUGGCUGGCAGUGAUGACAUCACGGCGGAGGACGGCAGCAGUAGUGGCAAUGACGGCUACAGUAGCUUUGCAGGCUGCCAGGAAAUUCGGAGUCCAUGUUUGAGGCAGCUGAAGAGGUUCCACAGUGUUGACACACAGGGCCGGAGCACGCUACUGCCCCGCCCACGCCCCUAUUCCUGGUUGGACGACCCGCGACGCCACUCUGUAGAAGUAUGCUCGGCGGCGGAGUCCAGCCAGCAGCACAGCACCACGUCCACGUCGUCCGGCUUCGUCUCCCGGGCCAACAGCCUGCAGACCUCCAGCCAGAUCCCCACCCAGACAUCGCUGCCCUCUCCCCGCCGGAAGAAGAAGAUGAGCCCGCCGUGCAUAUCCGUGGAACCUCCCGAUGGACUCGAGCCCCAGUCCGGCCUCUACGGGGGCCUGGGGGGACAUGGGUUGGGGGGGACGGGCGUGCCCCCUCCGCUUCCCAGCAGGGACACUUGCCUGAGGAGGAGAGCGCCCUCAAGUGACUCCAAGGACUCAUUCGACCUGGGAGUUGGAGAGGGCCCGGGACAGGACGGAGGCUCGCCAAACCCCAGUACCAACCCCAAGCUAUUGACACUUCCCAGCUUCUCCUUUGAGAAGACGAGCUCUGAGCACUGAACACUGAUACUUCCAUUACACAGAUUCACACAUACAUGCAUACACACAAACACAUGAUGCACUCCGUGUAUCUGUGAUGGUGAUAGUUUAGUAAUAAUGCUGUAGAAAGUAAUAAUGGUUAAACUACAACAAACAGUAAAAACAUCCUUGGUUUCAUGAGGAGUGCGUUACUGUAGUAGUGUGACCAUCCCUUGUCUUUGUAUUGUUACUGCCAAAACAACCAGAGAAGACGUGAACACCUGAAACAACAAACAUGACUGUUUCUCUUCUGGAACACCUGCAUGCCCCCGGCUGCAGCUCGACCCCGGACCUCUGGAGCGACACCGGCGCCCUCUCUGGUCGCCGUCGGACCUGCCUGGUGUCGCGCAGGGGGGACCUGGUCAGUGGAGGUACAAAGCAAUAUGAACGUUUUAGAGACCCUAUUUUCUUAAAUUAUUGGGCCACAGUGUUUGUACAGGAUGUUGUUUUUAAUUUCAUUCAAUUAUUUUCACGUCUUUUUUGUGAAUUUAUUUCCCCUCUUUUUGGUCAACAAUGGUUUGUCUUUGUCUUUCUUUUUCACUGUAGGAUAUUUCUAGCUUUCUUGCUUUACUGAAGAAAGUGAACAUUUUUCAAAGUGCUGAAAACCAUGUAUUUGUAGGAAUAAUAUAUAAAUAUAUAUAAAUAUAUAUAAAUAUAAAAAAAACUAAUCAUUAAACUAAGCUUGGAUUUUUAAGCACACAGACCAGAACGUGGUUGUUUUGAUUCUUAGAGGGGAAAAGGGA